AAUUAUGAAAGCUUGGCCUUAGCUUAGGCUUGUUUCUAACCAGCUCUUAUAACUUAAUUCAUUUCUAUUCAUGUAUGUGCUAUCAUGUGGCUCACGGCUUUUCCAUCUCCUCCUGUGUGUCCUGCCUUCUCUGCAUCCAGCUGGUGACCCUGCCUUUCUUCCUGUCCGAGACCUCUCUGUCCCCAGAAGUCCCACCCAACCUCUUCCUGCCUAGCCAUGGCCAUUCAGCUCUUUAUUAGACCAAUCAGAGUGACACAUUUUCACACAGUGUAAAGGACUAUCCCACAACAACAAUUUAUGUGUAGUGAGGAAAAUAUUUAACCUUUAGCUAUGACAUUAACUUCUUUGUGGACUGAUAUAUUUCAAACAUUUUUUUAAGCAAAUUCUGACUGUCUAGCUUACGCUGGCCUUUAACUCACUAUACAGACUAUCCAAAUGACCUGCAAUUCACAAUCCUCUUUAAAUGCUAGGAUUACAGGUGUGUGCCACGAUGCCCAACUCAGAUAUUUUGUUGUUGCUGAUACGAAGUACACCAGAGUAUCUGGUUCCUUUGAUACAACUUGGCUAUUGCCCAAAAAUAUUGACCAUUUUAUUUCAUUCAUGCAAAUAAAUUGUAAGAGUAAUUUUCAUAAUUUCUAAUUUCCCUGUUAUGACAUCACCAUUAAGUCCCAGCAAAACAGAAUUUGCUUAAAUCUUUCUGGUUUUCAUCAGGUAAGGUUGGGUGACUUGGAUUCUGGACUGAUAUUAUUCUUACUGCUUAGUCAAUUGAUCUCAUUCUCAUCUGUCAGAAUCCCUGAAAUUAUUCUUGGAAGAUUUACCACUAUGUGACCUGGGAUGACAAAAACUAUCCCCUGACGUGACAAAGUAUUUUGUGUGUCAGAGAUAUGCAACACUUUUAUUUCCCAAGUUUUCUUAUAGUUCUAUGAAUUAAUCCAGAAUAAAUGAAAAUCUAUACACAAAUUCAUUGGGUUUCUAUAAAUGGGGUCAUAGUAGGAUUGUUGGAUAUGGCUCAAUACUGUGAUUCAGAAAGGAGAGUUGAUGCUAUGUGACUUUGUGUUUAUGAGAAGCUGUGUACAAUACACAGACUAGGUAGGAAUAAGAUUACAUGUUAACAAGCUGAUCCUGGGCAUGGAAAGAGAUACAAAUGAAUACUGGGUGAGACUAUCUGGGGACACAUUAUUCCAAACGCUAUGGUGAUAAAAUAUAACUCAGAUGUGUUUGUUCGGUUGGCCUAAAAUUGGGUAAAACACACUCAGAUAUUGGCAUCAAGAAUAUAUUCAGCCAGAGUGAUACAUGUCAAUGAUUUGGUGAACAGUAAAUAUUUAUAACUUGCUAUCACAAGCUAUAAUAGAAAAAUAUUUUUGUAUAAAUGAGUACUGGGCUUCCUUAAGAAAAUACAAUUUCUGAUUGGACAAGUUACUGUUUCUCCAUGUAGUGGACUACUCCAUGAGAAAUAAAUGCAGAGCUUUAUGUACUCCUAUGAAACAAAAUAUUUGACUGAAAGUCCGGGGGGUGCAUGUGUGGGUUUAUUACUGGAUGAAAGAAGUGAGAAGGAGAACGUUAUGGUGUAAUGUUUCCAUUUGAAUAAGAGGAGGGACGGGGACAACGUUUAUUUAAAGGUCGGCUGUGCUAACAAGCGUAACAAGAAACAGAACUCAUUCCACUUGAGAAUGAGAGAUGUGCUACACGACUCAUAGAUGAUAAUAAGGACCCAUACCAUAUGUAGCUUCUGAGUUUGGAACAAUUUCAAUAUAUUACCAAAUUUAAAACAAAUAAAUACACCAUAAAUCUAAACCAGCAACAACAAAAAUUCAAACGUUUGCAAACUUCAGUGCAAUUUUUGAGAAGACCUCUGGGCGUCGCUGUAGGUCAAAAGAAGAGAAAGACCAUUUCCCAGACGCGUUUGGGAGACUAGGAGAGUAACUUCCUGUGCAAACCAACCUUAGAGGAGCAACCGGUGCACAUUAGGAUACAGCAAACAGCCCAAAGAAAAGUGGCCCUAGCCGGAUUCGGCCACUAAGGGAGGGCUUACCCGCACCGACUAAGGAGCACAGCGGCAGCGCGAGCUAGGAGGAUGAGGCGGGGCUCUGGGAGCGGAAUGGCCCGGUGGCUGCAGGUACUGUCGCCCUUCCUUCUGCCAUUGUUCCGCGGAGCUCUCCCGGAUCAGAUCCGCUACUCCAUUCCCGAGGAGCUGGCCAAGAACUCGAUGGUAGGAAACCUCGCCAAGGAUCUGGGGCUGGGUGUCCAGGAUCUAUCCACCCGGAAGCUGAGGGUCAGCGCAGAGAAGGAAUAUUUUACUGUAAACCCAGAGAGCGGGGAUUUACUUGUGGGUGACAGAAUAGACAGAGAGCAGGUUUGUGGGAAGCAGCCUCUGUGUGUUCUGGAAUUCGAUAUUGUCGCUGAGAAGCCAUUAAAUAUUUUCCAUGUAGCUGUAAUUCUUCAAGAUAUAAAUGACAACGCCCCUCAGUUCAAACAGAGCGAGGUGGAUUUAAACAUUGGGGAGUCCACCAGACCAGGGAAAGCAUUUCCAUUGGAUCCAGCCCUCGAUUCAGAUGCUGGUUCUAAUUCGCUGCAAAAAUACUACCUCGGUGACAAUGAAUACUUUGAAGUCACAGAGAAUGAGAGUUCAGAUGGAUGUAAAUAUCCUGAGUUGAUUCUAAAACGUUUUCUGGACAGAGAAGAGCAUAAUUUUCACCAACUGGUCCUCACUGCUGUGGAUGGAGGGGAUCCUCCCCGAAGUGGCACUGUCCAGAUCCGAAUCCAAGUCACAGACGUCAAUGAUAACCCUCCAGUGUUCAGUCAGGACGUGUACAGGGUCACCCUUCGGGAGGAUGUGCCCCCAGGCUUCUCCGUGCUUCAGGUGACAGCCACUGACCAAGACGAGGGUGUCAACGCAGAGAUCACUUACUCUUUUCACAAUGUGGAUGAACAAGUGGAACGUUUUUUCAACUUAGACAAGCACGGAGAAAUCACAACAAAGAGUAGUUUGGAUUUUGAGACUACUAAGAGUUACUCCCUGAAUGUCGAAGCAAAAGAUCCUGGAGACCUAGCAUCCCAUUGCCGUAUCCAAGUGGAAAUUCUGGAUGAGAAUGAUUGUGCACCCGAAAUAAUUGUGACUUCAGUAUUUACCCCCCUACCGGAAGAUUCUCCACUAGGAACAGUCGUUGCCUUGAUAAAAACAAGGGACAAAGACUCCGGAGGAAAUGGAGACGUUUACUGCAACGUCUUGGGAAAUGCAGAGUUUGUAUUGAAAUCGUCUUCGAAGAAUUAUUACAAGCUAGUGACAGACAGAACUCUAGACCGGGAAGAGAUUCCAGAAUAUAACGUCACCAUCGUAGCUACCGACAGGGGUAAGCCGCCGCUCUCCUCCAACGUAAUCAUCACCCUCCAUGUCUCAGACGUCAACGACAAUGCACCUGUUUUCCACCAGGCCUCCUACCUGGUCCACGUGGCUGAGAACAACCCACCUGGAGCCUCCAUCGCUCAAGUCAGCGCCUCUGAUCCCGAUUUGGGAUCCAAUGGUCACAUCUCCUACUCCAUCAUAGCCAGCGACCUAGAGCCAAAGGCACUAUCCUCUUUCGUUUCUGUGAACCAGGACAGCGGAGUGGUGUUCGCUCAGCGCGCCUUCGACCACGAGCAGCUGCGCUCCUUCCAGCUGACUCUGCAGGCGCGCGACCAGGGCUCGCCCGCGCUCAGCGCCAACGUGAGCAUGCGCGUGCUGGUGGGCGACCGCAACGACAACGCGCCGCGCGUGCUGUACCCCGCGCUGGAACCCGACGGUUCCGCGCUCUUCGACAUGGUACCGCGCGCUGCCGAACCCGGAUACCUGGUCACUAAGGUGGUGGCUGUGGACGCAGACUCGGGACACAACGCCUGGCUGUCGUACCACGUGCUGCAGGCCAGCGAUCCCGGGCUCUUCAGCCUGGGGCUGCGCACUGGCGAGGUGCGCACAGCGCGUGCCUUGGGCGACAGGGACGCAGCGCGGCAGCGCCUUCUGGUCGCUGUGCGCGAUGGUGGACAGCCACCGCUCUCGGCUACAGCCACGCUGCACCUGAUCUUUGCUGACAGCCUGCAGGAGAUCUUGCCAGACCUCAGCGAUGACCCUCUGCCAUCUGACCCCCAGAGUGAGCUUCAGUUUUACCUGGUGGUGGCCUUGGCCCUGAUCUCAGUACUCUUCCUUCUGGCGGUGAUUCUGGCUAUAGCCCUGCGCCUGCGCAGCUCCUCCAGCUCAGCUGCCUGGGGUUGCUUUCAGCCUGGUCUCAGCUCCAACCCUGCCACUGGAGUCCUCCCCAGUUAUACUGAGGGGACAUUGCCUUAUUCCUACAAUGUGUGCGUUGCCUCACAGUCAGCUAAGACAGAGUUUAAUUUUCUCAAUGUGACUCCGGAAGUAGCCCCUCAGGACCUCCUCUGUGACGACACUUCUUGGAUACCAGAUACUCUCGGAGACACUGAGGUUCCUUUUGUCUCAGAUUCUGCCUCAAAGGUGAGCUUCAAUUUAAUUCGUCUUUCUACUUAGGGUUUCAGUGUUUUUGUUUUUGUUUUGUUUUGUUUUGGUUUCAGUGUUUUUUAAUAAAUCACUAAGUGGUUUGGGUGGUUCCGUUGCCUAAUUCAUUGUCUUGUGACUUAAUCAGCUUUGAACGAUGUUCUGCCUUAAGUGCGUUAACCUUAUCCAAAUCACAGCUUACAGAAGGGUUUCUACCUUGGAUGUGCAGUUUACUUGCCUGUAAUUACAAAUGUUCACAGCGUGAGAUACAUCUUUUUCUUCACCUCUACAUUCCUCUCCACCCUGCAAAACUCAUCGCUAUUGGAAAUCUGAGAGGUUCUUUCCAUGUCAGAUCUCUAAUACUCAAAUUUUGAUUCUGCUUCCUCUUAGAUUUGUAGUGAUUCAGAGUAAACAUGGUCCUCAUCUUACUAGUUUGUGAAAACUGAAUAUGAAAGAAACACAUCACCCAGGGUGGUGGCUUGUUAUCAACAAAGCAUGGUGGGUAGGGUACUGUUCAACUGACUUGUUGGCAAACAUUGUGAAUGUCUUACAAGCAAAUUGUCUUGGGUUUCCUGGAAGCUUUUUCUAAGUUUUGCUUUUAUUUUAUGUGUAUGGGUGUUUUGCCUACAUGUACGUCUGUGCACCUGGUACGCACA